AAUCGCCCUCAUGUCGCCGCCUGUCCUUCGCAUCUCCGAUCCCAACCGCCCAUACGAAUUCGUCACCGACGUCAGCGACAUCGCCAUCGGUGCAGUUCUCCUAAAGGAUUUCGGCGACGGGUUACAACCAGUCGCGUACGAAUCACGGAAGCUGCAAGGCGCGGAGAAGAACUAUGCAGUGCACGACAAGGAAAUGCUGGCGAUCGUCCACGCGUUCAAGACCUGGCGGUGCUGCCUGACCGGAGCUGACGUCACGGUGCGGACGGACCACAAAUCCUUACAGUACCUGCGCGCCCAACCGAACCUCAAUCCACGACAGAUCCGAUGGCUCGAUUUCCUCGAGUCGAAUUUCCAUUACACCAUCACCUACAAACGGGGGGCCAAUAAUAUCGCCGAUGCCUUGACCCGCCCUACUCAUACCACCGUUACUGGACCGUAUUUUCAUAAGCGCGGUACCUCUCGCAUCUGGGUACCCGGCUACGAUUUACUUCGUACCCUGUUAAUCCAGGAAUCCCACGACAACCCUACCUCAGGACAUUUCGGCGUCGAUAAAACCACGAAGAUGCUGCAGCGGAAUUAUUACUGGCCGAACAUGGCCGAUGACGUACGCAAGUACGUGUCCUCCUGCACCGCCUGCCAGAUUAUGAAAUCGUCGCAUCAGCGAGCAGCCGGACUACUACAGCCGUUGGAUCCGCCCGAGCGACCCUGGCAACACGUCACGAUGGACUACGUGACAGGACUGGCGGCCGAUCCCAGCGGAAACGACGCCAUCCUCGUGGUCGUUGACCGACUCACAAAAAUGGCGCACUUCAUCGCCUGCCAACAGACAAUCACUGCCGAACAAACAGCGCAGCUGUUCAUCGCGAACGUCAUCCGCCUGCACGGACUGCCCUCCGCCAUCAUCUCGGACCGAGACCCAAAAUUCACAUCGAAUUUCUGGCGCCACCUGUGGGACCAAUUCGGCACCAAACUCCAAUUUUCAUCCGCCUACCACCCACAAACCGAUGGGCAGACCGAACGCGUUAACCAAACCAUGGAGCAGCUCAUUCGUACCACCUGUACUGACCCAUCGACAUGGGAGAAAUCCCUUCCACUACUAGAAUUCGCGUAUAAUAACGCGACCUCAGUCACAACCAAUCAAUCCCCAUUCUUCCUCAACUAUGGACAGGACCCGGUAGUACCCUUUACACCGAACAUCGAGUUUCUGGGUUUCUGGGGAACCACACCACAGCGCGCUGUCCGCGGUCAGUUCCGCUAAUCGCCUCUAGUUUCGUGGCGCUUUGUUCGUGGUUAGUCUUUAGAUUCCCAACCAUUGCAAGAUCGCGGCGAUUUACUCCGUGCGAGCUACCGUUUGUUUGCUUGCAGCGAGCCGUUAGAGCGGUUCAGCUUGACCUGGACUAGUACUUUCUUCUGGGUAACAGCUUCAGCCAAUUCCUUUGAAGUCUCUUAGUGUAUUCUUCGAUUUGUCAAUACGUUGCAAGCACAACGCAUUGUGCCUAGAUAAGGUGUGUCAUCUGCCGAUUGUGCUGCUGGUGGAUGUUUCAAACGCUGUCGUGAAUUGUACCCUCUAAAAGACGACGCGGAGAGCGUGCGCGGGGGAGGGGCGUCAGGGAUGGCGGGCAGCGAGGGCGGCGAGUGGAGGCGCGCGGCUGUAGCGCUGCUCGCGCGAUUCCCGGAGCUACAGUCGGUGGACGCGAUCCGACACGCGGCUGCGAGGACGCACCUGCGAUGGGACGAGGUUGAGAAUACAAUCGCCCCUCUGCUUCUCAACCCGCGCUAUGCGGCUGCUACUGCUGUGACCUUCCGCGGUGUGCUGCUGCCGCUGCUGCGAGGCGCCACCACGCGAUGG